AUGUCAAGCCUUCGCGAUACUCGCAAGGGCUCCGAACAAGCGAAUAUAUGGGCCUCCGGUUUGCCCUUCGGCAUAUUAUCCCCUGCCAUUGUUAGCGACGUACGCGACACCAUUGAUCAGGAGGUCGCAGACCUCGAAGCUGCCAUUGCACGAUUGAAGGCGUACAGCAACUCUUUAGCCAACACCUCCUGUCUCCCACCCGAGAUUUUGUCCAAUAUUUUCGUUCUAUAUGCUACUUCCAUUAAGGGGACAAGCUAUGGUUACAUUCUUCACUGGUUGGUCGUUACUCGAGUCUGUCGCUCCUGGCGAGCCAUUGCGCUCGAUACAGCCGAAUUAUGGGAGCACCUUGACACAGACUCGAUAACCGCAAGCGUGCGGCGUCAGGCUUUAAUCCUACGCUCUCGCUCAAAGGUGUCGAUUAUCAAAAUCGACUUCUCCAAUAGUCACAGCACCUCCGAAUGGGUUUGCCAGGCUAGCCAAAUUCUGGCCGUUCGUCAUGGAGAAGUCGCUAACUUGGACAUUACGCUCUCCAGAAAUACUUUCCAUAAAGUGUUAGGCGUCCUCGACGGACCUAAUCCUCGCUUGGAAACCCUUGUCUUGCGAAGCGAUGCGACGCGCCAGGCACCAAUUUCCUUCCUCCACCUCUUCUCAGGACAAGUGCCUUUAUUACGCCGCCUGCAUGUCCAUAGCUGCAAGAUAAUGUGGCAGCAUCUGGUCACUGCAUCACCCCGCCUCACUCAUCUCGACAUCGAGCAUACGGUCGCUCGUAUCAGCCUCAACGGCGUUUGCGAUACUCUCCGUCGCCUUCCCCAGCUCGAAGAGCUUCGUCUUCCAGGGUUUCUCUCCGUUGACCUCGAACCUGACUAUCCUUCAUUGCGACGCAUCGGCAUGCUGAAACUGCGUCAGCUGAAGUUCGAGUAUAUCCAGGCCCAGGCAGGAUGGGACAAUUGUGCGAAACUAUUGAAACGCCUUGAGCUCCCUAACCUCGUUCAGAUAGAACUUCGUUAUGGCCAGCCCGCCGGUGCUCCGCCGCCCAACACACACUCAUUCACAGACUGUGUGAUCGACUCUGUCGGAUCCCUUAGAAAUAUAUUCAGCUCAGACGAGCAAGCAGAGCCCUAUGUUGAGCUCUCUAUCGAGCGCCGCACCGGAAACCUCUACUCCUGGACCCUUCGUGGCCCCCAGGCCAUGGAACUCUUCGGCCUGAAUUUGGCUAUCAUGGACGACUCGGACGCCCAAGGAGUCUCCAUUAUGCGCAACAUUUGUCAAUCCUUCAGCUCCGCUCAUACACACGCUUUCACUCUCCCUCACCUUCGACCACUUUACCACCACCUCUUUCGACGAAGAAACCGUUUGCAGGCUGUUUAG